AUGGAUGAGGGAUCCCGCCACCUCCCUUCAACCGGAUCCUCCUCAGAGCGGGACGAGCCAGCUGCAGCCGCCUAUUUCCGGCUCCCUCCUCCCCGCGGGGCCGGUUCGCGCAGGCGCGCCGCCGCCGCCGCCCGCCCCCCCCGCCUCAGGCGUCACACAGGCCGGGGCCUCCGGGAGCCAAUCAGGGACGGGCCCUAUUGGAUCUUGGGUUUUGUGCUGGAAAAUCUGGAGAAUCAUGAGAAUGAGACCAGUGCCUUUCAGAGGGGCCCGCCAGGCGAACCAGGCCCACCCGGUCCCCCGGGCCCGCCAGGAGUGCCCGGAUCCGACGGCAUUGACGGUGACAAGGGCCCCCCAGGCAAAGCUGGUUCCCCGGGGACGAAAGGUGAACCGGGGAAACCGGGACCAGACGGGGCAGCGGGGAAGCCUGGGAUUGAUGGGUUAACUGGACCCAAGGGAGAGCCAGGGCCUUUUGGAGUCCCAGGGGUCAAGGGCCAGCCUGGCCUCCCUGGUCCCCCGGGUCUGCCGGGCCCCAGCUUUGCAGGACCUUCUGGACUGCCAGGGCCCGUUGGAAUUCCUGGAGAGAUCGGCAUUCCAGGGCCUAAGGGGGAUCCUGGACCUGAGGGGCCGUCGGGCCCUCCUGGCCCCCCAGGAAAGCCGGGAAAGCCCGGGACCAUCCAGGGGUUGGAGGGCAGUGCCGAUUUCUUGUGUCCAACCAACUGUCCAGCUGGCGUGAAGGGACCUCAGGGACUGCAAGGGGUGAAAGGACACAGAGGACGCACUGGGCCCCUCGGGGAGCCUGGACGGCAAGGGAGACUGGGUCCUAAAGGAGAUGUUGGCCCCUCUGGAGAACAAGGCAUCCCCGGCCCUCCAGGUCCCCAGGGUAUCCGGGGGUACCCUGGUGAGGCGGGACAGAAAGGAGAGACGGGUCCCCAAGGCUACAAAGGAAUGAUUGGCUCCAUUGGGAUUGCUGGAAGGCCAGGUGAGGAAGGUCCCAAGGGGCCUCCAGGAAGAGCUGGGGAGAAGGGAGAUGUUGGCGGACAUGGUAUCAGAGGACCCCAGGGAGGAGUAGGCCCCAAGGGAGAGAAUGGCCUCCCUGGGAUCGAUGGCAAGGAUGGCACACCGGGUAUUCCUGGCGUGAAGGGCAGCAUUGGACAAGUUGGGAGACCGGGGAAUCCUGGACAUCAGGGUCUAGCAGGUCUUCCAGGGCAACCCGGAACCAAAGGAGGCCCAGGAGACAAGGGUGAACCAGGCCAACGAGGUCUCCCCGGAUUCUCUGGACCCCCUGGGAAAUUGGGAGAACCUGGCCCGCGAGGAGAAAUAGGGCCACAGGGUGUACCCGGGGUGAAGGGUGACCAGGGAGAGAGAGGGUCGGUGGGGUCCCAAGGCCUGCAGGGUAAAGCGGGCCCCAAGGGAGAGCAGGGACCUCCUGGGAUCCCGGGACCUCAAGGCCUGCCAGGAAUCAAAGGAGACAAGGGCUUCCCUGGGAAGACGGGCUCCAAAGGUGGCAUUGGUGACCCUGGGGUAGAAGGGCUUCCAGGACAGAAGGGCGAGAAAGGGGAGUCCGGCGAACCAGGCCCCAAGGGACAGCAAGGCAUCCAGGGAGAGACUGGCUACACGGGACCCAUGGGGGACUCGGGGGCUCCUGGCGUUCAGGGGUACCCUGGGCCCCCAGGCCCCCGAGGGCUGAAUGGAAACCGGGGUGUUCCGGGCCUGCCCGGGCGACAAGGCAUGGCAGGCAGGGAUGCUGGGGACCAGCACAUCGUGGAUGUGGUGCUGAAGAUGCUGCAGGAGCAACUGGCAGAGGUGGCUGUCAGUGCCAAGAGAGCAGCCCUGGGUGGAGCAGGGGUGGUGGGCCCCCCUGGACCACCUGGCCCCCCUGGAUAUCCUGGCAAACAAGGCCCCCAUGGGCACCCUGGCCCCCGGGGCAUUCCAGGCAUCAUUGGUGCUGUUGGACAGAUUGGGAAUACUGGACCUAAAGGGAAACGUGGGGAGAAGGGAGACCGUGGAGAGGUGGGACGUGGACACCAAGGCUUGCCGGGCCCACCUGGCAUCCCAGGUCUCCCUGGAAGACCCGGCCAGGCCAUCAAUGGCAAAGAUGGAGAAAAAGGCUCCCCUGGAGCCCCUGGGGAGGCAGGACGCCCCGGUCUCCCAGGCCCCGUCGGCCUCCCUGGUUUCUGCGAGCCUGCUGCCUGCCUGGGGGCUUCCGCCUAUGCCUCUGCCCGCCUCACCCAACCUGGGACCAUCAAAGGACCUUGAGCAGAUAUGGCCUGCACCAGGGACAUCUCGGUACUCUGGCAGAGACCUCCACUCCCAGAGGUGGCUGACUUAGGACUCAAGGCCUGAGACCCUGGCAUCCUGGGGACCACCAUGUGGCCUUCUGGGAAAUUCCAAAAUUUGGGGGGAGGGAGGCAAGAACAUAAA